UCGGUGAAGUGGGCGCGCGCGCGCCGCUUAUAGAGAUAGUGGGGAGCGGGACGGGAUUGUGAAACUAUUGGCCGAUCGGACUCAUUUCUUAGCCGAGACUAGCCGCAAGUUGCGAAGGCCCAGCUCGGCCUGGGCGGGAAGGGACUGGACGCGCCCGUCCCGGGCGCCAGCUCCUCUCAGCUCGCCGCCCCCGCGUAGACGUUUCGGUUUGUGGCUGUCCCGGCACCAGCCGCGCCGCAGUGUCGGGGACCAUGAGCCACCGGGCGCCGCCGCGGGCCCCUCCAGGUUGAGGGGCUGCUGCCGCGUGGGCUGCGGCCCCUCAGCGAACUCCGGGACCCCAAGGCUGGGGCCCCACGCCGCGCCCCGGAGCCCGCGCGCCCUUUGAAAGAAUGCAUUCGCCCGUGGACCCCAGUGCCAAGCAGGCUCUGAGGAAAAAGCCCCCCGAAAGGACCCCGGAGGAUUUAAAUACUAUUUAUUCUUAUCUUCAUGGGAUGGAGAUUUUAUCAAAUCUCAGGGAACGCCUGCUAAGGUUUAUUUCUGCAAGAGCACGUUAUGAAAGAUAUAAUAGCAAUCAGAUUCUUUUUUGCUCUCAAACCAUUGCCAGAUGUUGGUAUAUUCUUCUUUCUGGAUCUGUAUUUAUGAAUGACAAUGUAAUAAUUGCUCCUCAAAGUUUUGGUGAACAGUUUGGAGGAAGAAGAGGUUGUGACUGUAUUGUACUAGAGCCUUCAGAAAUAAUUGUGGUGGAGAAUUCCAAAGAUAAUGAAGAAGAUCUCCAAAGAGAAAUUGCUGGAAGGCGAUCUCGACGAAGAUUUAGGAAAAUUAACCAUAAAGGAGAACGUCAGAUUAUCACUGAUAGUGUGGAUCCUAACAGCUGUCUUACUCUUCCUGCAGACCUUAACAAGUUGCACCUUACUGAAAACCCUCAUCCACAGGUGACCCAUGUCCCUUCUAGCCAGUCUGGAUGUAGCAUUGCCAGUGACUCAGGGAGCAGCAGUUUAUCUGAUAUCUACCAGGCUACAGAAAGUGAGAUAGGAGAUGUGGAUUUGACAGGUCUCCCUGAAGCACCUGUUGAUUCUGAGGAUGAAGAAGAGGAAGAUGAAGAUAUCGAUCGAACAGCUGAUCCAUUACUAGGAAGAGACCUUGUUCGAGAAUGUCUUGAAAAGGAACCUGCAGAUAAAACUGAUGAUGACAUUGAACAAUUACUGGAAAUUAUGCAUCAGCUCCCUGCCUUUGCAAAUAUGACCAUGUCUGUAAGAAGAGAACUUUGUUCAGUUAUGAUCUUUGAAGUGGUAGACCAAGCUGGAGCUGUCAUUCUUGCAGAUGGUCAAGAACUUGACUCAUGGUAUGUCAUUUUAAAUGGAACUGUAGAAAUCAGUUAUCCAGAUGGAAAAAGUGAAAGUCUGUGUAUGGGGAACAGUUUUGGAAUUAUUCCUACUCUGGAUAAGCAGUACAUGAAUGGAGUUGUCAGAACUAAAGUAGAUGACUGUCAAUUUGUAUGUAUAGCCCAGGAGGACUAUUGGAGAAUCUUGAAUCAUGUAGAAAAAAAUACCCAUAAAGUUGAAGAAGAAGGAGAAAUUGUUAUGGUGCAAGAACAUAGAGAGCUGGAUCGUAGUGGAACUCGAAAAGGGCAUAUUGUCAUCAAGGCAACACCUGAACGACUCAUCAUGCAUUUAAUAGAAGAACAUUCAGUUGUGGACCCAACUUAUGUAGAAGAUUUUCUGCUGACAUAUAGGACAUUUCUUGAAAGUCCCUUAGAAGUUGGAAAUAAGCUAUUAGAAUGGUUUAAACUUGGCAGUUUAAGAGACAAGGUCACACGAGUAGUGCUUUUAUGGGUAAAUAAUCAUUUCAAUGAUUUUGAAGGAGAUCCUGCUAUGACUGGCUUUCUAGAAGAAUUUGAAAAAAAUCUAGAAGAUACAAAAAUGAAGGGGCAUCUCCGUUUAUUAAAUAUUGCUUGUGCUGCCAAGGCUAAAUGGAGGCAAAUUAUUUUUCAGAAGAAUUCCCGGGAAUCACCACUUUUUUUCAGCCUUACUGGAGGAAGUGAGGGAUUUGGUAUUUUUGUGGAAGGAGUAGAACCAGGCAGCAAAGCUGCUGAAGUUGGACUUAAACGUGGUGACCAGAUAAUGGAAGUUAAUGGACAAAAUUUUGAGAACAUUACAUUGGGGAACGCCCUUGAAAUAUUAAAGAAUAAUACUCAUCUCUCUCUAACUAUAAAGACCAACAUCUUUGUGUUUAAAGAAUUAAUUAAUAGGACAAAGCAAGAUAAAAAUGGCAUUCCUCAUAUUCCCAAAAUUGCUGAGAAGAAAAGUAAUCGCUACUCUAUCCCUGAUAUGUCUGGAGAUAUGGAACAUAUGUUUCCACAGGAGAAAGGAAAUAAAAAAAUUAAAGCAAACACUGUUUCAGUUGGAAGAAACAAAAUCAGGAAAAUUUUAGAUAAAACACGAUUCAGCAUUUUGCCUCCCAAGUUAUUCAGUGAUGGCAAUGUGAGCCAGUCACAAGAUGACAGUGUCCUUGGAACAAGGCAGUGUAGGCAUAGUCUAGCUAUAAUGCCUAUUCCUGGAACUCUUUCCUCAAGUAGCCCUGAUCUCCUGCAGCCUACAACUAGCAUGUUGGAUUUUUCUAAUCCAACAGCUGUUGGUUUUUACUAUAUUCCGGAUCAAGUUAUAAGAGUUUUUAAAGCAGAUCAACAAAGCUGUUAUAUUAUCAUCAGUAAGGACACCACAGCCAAAGAAGUCGUUUCCCAUGUAGUGCAUGAAUUCAGUUUGACGGGAGCCCCAGAGACCUAUUCUCUCUGUGAGGUUUCUGUUAGUUCAGAAGGUGUUAUAAAGCAGAGAAGACUUCCAGAUCAGUUUUCUAAAUUAGCAGACCGAAUUCAACUAAAUGGAAGAUACUAUCUGAAAAACAACAUGGAAACAGAGACCUUGUGCUCAGAUGAAGAUGCUCAGGAAUUACUUAGAGAAAGUCAAAUAACCUUACUGCAACUUAGUACCAUUGAAGUAGCAACCCAACUGUCAAUGAGAGACUUUGAAUUAUUUCGAAAUAUUGAACCUACUGAAUACAUCGAUGAUCUUUUUAAGUUAAACUCCAAAACUGGGAAUACUCACUUGAAAGAAUUUGAGGCCAUUAUAAACCAAGAAACAUUCUGGGUUGCAACAGAAAUUUUGACAGAAUCAAAUCAGCUCAAAAGAAUGAAAAUGAUUAAGCAUUUUAUUAAAAUUGCUCUUCACUGUCGAGAAUGCAAGAACUUUAAUUCCAUGUUUGCAGUAAUAAGUGGCUUGAACCUUGCACCUGUUGCAAGACUCAGAGGUACUUGGGAGAAACUGCCAAGCAAAUACGAAAAACACUUUCAAGAUCUUCAAGAUCUUUUUGAUCCAUCUAGAAACAUGGCAAAGUAUCGAAAUAUCCUUAGUAAUCAAAGUAUGCAACCUCCAAUUAUUCCACUCUUUCCUAUUGUCAAGAAGGAUAUUACAUUUCUACAUGAAGGAAAUGAUUCCAAGGUAGAUGGCUUAGUGAACUUUGAGAAACUAAGAAUGAUUGCCAAAGAAAUUCGUCAAGUUGUCCGAAUGACUUCUGCUAACAUGGAUCCUGCUGUAAUGUUUCGACAAAGGAAGAAGAGGUGGAGGAGUUUGGGGUCAUUGAGUCAGGGUAGCACAAAUUCAAACAUGCUGGAUGUUCAGGGAGGAGCACACAAAAAACGAGCCCGCCGAAGCUCACUGCUGAAUGCCAAGAAGUUGUAUGAGGAUGCUCAGAUGGCCAGGAAAGUGAAGCAGUAUCUCGCCAACCUUAAUGUGGAAACCAAUGAGGAAAAAUUCCAGAUGAUGUCUCUGCAAUGGGAGCCUGCAUAUAGUACUUUGACCAAGAAUUUAAAUGAAAGACGAUCAACAAAAUCAUCUGAAAUGUCUCCAGUACCUAUGAGAUCAGUUGGUCAAAUUACAAAAGCCCAUUUGCAUCAGCCAAACAGAGUGAGCCAAGUACUUCAAGUUCCUGCUGUUAAUUUGUACCCCAUCAGGAAAAAGGGUCCAACAAAAGAUCACAUUGCCUUUGGUACUAGUGCACCACAGAAAAUUUUAGGAAUGUCUGAAGAAGUAAGUGGUAAGAAACUAGCAGAAGACACUUUAUCAAUGGCAUCCUCUUUGCAUUCGAGCCCUCCUGCAUCUCCUCAAGGGUCACCUCGCAAAGUUGACAAUAUCAGUUCUGAUCAUGGCAGCCAGCUGCACCUUUAUGGGUCCUCCUCAUGUCUUACCAGUGAAACCAGCACCAAGACCAGUGGCCCUCGAAACUACGGAAUAGGUUAUACCCAUAUACCUUCAGUAAAAUCCGAAAACUUCUCAGACUCAAGCCAUAGUGAGAUUUCAUCAAGGUCCAGCAUCGUGAGUAAUUGUUCUGUUGACUCAAUGUCUGCAGCUCUACAAGAGGAUCGGUGUUUACCCCAGUCUUUUAGCGGUAUGGACUCAGUUGGAGCAGCAGAAAAGAAGGAUCAUCCUUCAAUGACAACAGACCACAACCAGCACGUGAUUGGAUGGACCCUCUCAAAACCUUCAGUAGUCAAAGGUUUAGCUGUUUCAUCAUCUUUGAGCACUGAGGAGAUUUCUCAUGAACACAUCACCAUAGAAGCAGCUGACAGUGGUCGAGGAAGUUGGACUUCAUGUUCAAGUAGUUCCCAUGACAACUUCCAGAAUAUUCAGAACCAGAAGAGCUGGGAUCUUUUAAACUCUUAUCGACACACUCAUUUGGAUAUCCCCAUUGCUGAAGUGGAACCCACAAACUGUGAGCCUUAUUUGUAUCCAGAGGGCUACUCUCAGAUAAACAGUCAACCUAAAGAUGCCGCAGAAUGGGUUCAGUCGAGACAAAGCUGGGCCUCUUCGAGCUCUCUUUCAGACACAUAUGAGACAAACUAUGGGACAGUGAAGAGAAGAGUGAUCGAGGAUUCCCCUGCAGAGCCAGAGGAGACUUCGGACUCUCAUCCUAAUACUGAUGCCACCUAUAAAACUGUUACCUCCAGUACAGAAAAAGGCUUGAUAGUGUACUGUGUCACCUCACCUAAGAAGGACGAUAGGUAUAGGGAGCCACCUCCCACCCCACCAGGAUACAUGGGGAUUUCUUUAGCGGAUAUAAAAGAAGGACCACCCCACCACCCACACUUAAAACCUCCAGACUAUAGUGUGGCAUUACAGAGGUCAAAGAUGGUACAUAGCAACCUCUCUAGACUUUCAUCAGCCUGUCUCGUUAGUGAACCUAUGGCCUGUAUUUCACCGAAGAUCCUAUUUCAGCCACAGCGAAAUAGUCUGCAACCAUCCCAUCCUAAACUAGCCGAUGUGACUGAUGCAGAUAGUGAAGCAGAUGAAAAUGAGCAAGUUUCAGCAGUCUAGCCUUUGGGGAAAUCAUCUUGAAAACAAGUUCAAAAUAAAGUACUUUGGGAAGAUGGACCAUAAGAUUCUGUUAGCCAAUGCUGACAGCUUGCUGCUGCUAAGAAGUUUUUAGUGCCUGUGUUAUGACCAGUGAGAUGGACCUGGCUGAAUUGUGCCUCUAUUGCAUGUUGUCUCAACAGCCUGUGAAAUCCAUACUUAUGUGUGACAGAGCAUCUAGUCUGCAAAACUCACUGACACUGUACAUUGAUAUAAGUGUUAUAAGUGUCUGUCUACACACUAGGCCUUCAUUGGGAUAAUCAGUUAUGAGAACCACUUAAAGUGUGGAAAAUCAUGUUUAGUGUCAUAUAGUAUUUCUGUGGAUUUCCCUAAAAAUUAUUUUAAGGUAGCAUUAUGGUUUUCCAGCCAAGAAUGUUAAUUUCAUGGACCUAUUGGACAUAUAUUAUUUUCAUGUCAAUGUUCAUGCAAAAAGUCAAAACUUCUGCCAAAAAACAAGGACUUUGCAGUGGUGUUAGAAUAAUAAUUUAUUAAUUGAAAAUUUGUAGAGUUUUUUUUUAUUUGUGUUUGAGUGUUAUGCUUUGGUUGGCUAACAUGUAUGAUUAGAAGGAAAUAAAAAUCAGACUCAUUUAAACUAUUCUUAUGAUAACCAAACAAGUGUCCUUUAAAGCAAGUUGUGUUCCCCAAGGAAAAAGCCAAGGAGUAUAGAUGAUAUCAUUGUUAUAUACAUAACAUACUAGAAUUGAGGGAAAAUAUACUCUGAAUGGAAUGGUAAAUUGAGGGAAAAUAUACUCUGAAUGGAAUGGUAACAUUUUUUUGUUUAUGAUGUUGUGAAAUCAGUGAAAUGUUACCAUCUUGUAGUCCUAAUUUGAAAAGUUUUGUGUCGCUGUCUUUUUAAAAAAGAAUCAAAGUAUAUGCUUAUUAAAUGCCUACUAUGUGCUAAGCACUGAGCUAGGCCCCUAGAGAUACAAAUACAAUGAAUAAAUCAAUCAUUAACUCUCAAGAAACUUAGGUAUAGGGGAGGGGGAAGGGAGGAAUCAUUAUGUUAAAGUCUUAGAUCCCCCCAGAUUAUUUAAAAUAGAGGUGCUCAAAUUCAUGAAACUAAUCUCUAUGACUAAAAUUCUGUAAGCUUAGUUAGAUAGAACUCCACUGUUUCUGAAGGUAAAAAUAAGCAUGGCAAAUAUACUUUAACUGGGAGUAUAAAACAAGUAGGUCAUAGAUUUAAAUUAGGUUUGUGACUAACCACUUUGGGUACUUAAAGAGAAGCAGAGGGGAAAUGUUAUCUACUAAGCCAGUGGGUACUAUAAAAAUAUUUGUGAAAUGGAAUUGCUGCAUUUUUAUCUAUUUCUGCUAAUUUCCAGUUAUCAUUGGGUUAUAUUUUAUUGGUAUGUGUGUAUUUAUAACAGCAGCUUCAUAUUCAGCUGGCAUAUUUUUUAAAAUUUAGCCAACCAAAGUAUAUGCUCAUUUAUUUUUUGGUGGGAGAAAGGGUAGACCUAAACACAAAGAUAUAUAAAUGAACAUGAUUGUUCUUUCCCAGUUUAGCACUCAAAGAUCCGUUCCAGUGACUUAAUUGGAUAUGAAUGUGUUGAUAUAGAUUUGAACAUGUAAUUGUACAUUUCUGUGACCUCAUUUACAAGUGAGGCUAGAUUUUUAACAUUUUUUACAAGCUGGGUGAAAUGUUUUCUACAUCUUAAGUUAAAAGAAUUUUUAAAGUUAUUUUAUAUUAUUUCAAUUUUAUAGUGUGCAAGGUAAGUAAAAUAAUAUUCAGAAAGUCACAUGAGUACCAAAAAAAAUUCCAAAGCCAGUUAUGUGCAUUACCCAAGUGAACUUUGGGCAGAAAUUGGUUCAUAUUUGAGUGUAUGUUGUCAACCGUGUUAUCAUCUGUGAUUUCGUGUGUAAAUGUUAUCCUCAAUAGGAUUAUCUUGCCCUUUUCUAUCCUUCCCCUCAAAGCUCCAAGUCAGUAUACAGUUUCUAAUGUAAUGACAUUUGUCUCUUUCCCUCUGUAGGGCUUACAGUUAAUCUUAAGAAAAGCAACAAAAAAAUCCAUGCCUAAAAACAAAAAGAAAUCAUAGCUGAUAUCUGAAGCUCACAUAUUCUUUCUCAGAAUGAAGUAUUCUGGAUUAGGUUAGUUGCUGCAGUAAGGAUUUGACAUAACAGCUUUUUUUGUCCUACUGGGUUAGGAAUAAUAUUAAAACUAAUAUGGUUAAAAAAAAAUUACAUGCUUUAAAACCAUAUUGUAGCCAUCUGAGUUGUAAAGAAUUCAUAUUUAAUCAGGAAGCUGUAUAUGUGCAUUGCCUGAAAAGAGGAAUAUUUUUUUUUUUUCACAGACCUUUUUUGCUCCUAAGUUUAUGGACCACUUGCCAUAGCUAACAAAAAACAAAGCUGUGUUUUUCCUGCAAGUGUCUUUUUAAUUGGAGUGCAAUAUUCAGUAAGUUAUUUUAUAUACAUUCCCCAAGUUAGACUUGGGGUUUGUAAACUCUCUCCUCUUUCUCUACUCUUUUAUCUCCUCUUUUCCUCCUCCUCUAAUUUAGCAGACUUUUUCAUGUAAUAGAAAAUCUGAGUAGACAUUUUACCCGGAUAGAAGGUGUUUUAUGUAAAUCAAGAUAGUCACAUGAAAGGAACCAGGGAAGCAGGUGACUUUCUCUGUGCUUCUGAUUCAGAGUGGCUUGCUGCUACCUGGCCCAGCUUUGCUUGUAAGGGAUUCUGAUGAUCACAUUGAUCAGAGAUAACAGGUAAAUAUGUUGUGGUUGUGUGGGAAUUUAAGAAAUAAUUACUCCCUUUUUGUUGAGUUUGACUGUAGAUGUUAUAAGUUAGUUUGUAAUUUUUCUUUUUCUUGGUUUGUCACAAAGCCAUAGUGAGAAAAGCCACAGACCUUGUGUGUCUUAUAUUCUCUAUGGUUUCUUUGGACUUUUUCCAAAUUCCUAACAUCAGUCAAGGAAUGAACAUGCCUUUCCCUUGCCUUCUUAUGCCACUAGAGCACUGUUGUCUGGAGGAAGUGCUUUAAAAAUCCCUGAUAUGCCAAAUGGGGCCAAGAAAGCAAUUUAAUUUCAACCAAAUGGUUUAAAAAAAUUAAGGAAGACAAAUAAUUCCAUAGAGCAUCUUAAUUUAAGAUAAUUAUCAUUAGUGUUCAUUUUUCUUCUGCACAUUUAUUUUAAUAGUAGUAGGUGCUCUAUAUUUGGAAAAAUAACUGAUAUAAAUGCCCACAAAAUUAGUUUUUGCAGAGUAUAAAGUUGCAAAAUAAAUUCAAUAAUGUGCUGAUCUUAAGGCUCAGAGUCUUAGAGUAGCAGGAUUUAGGGAUGAGGCUACCUGGCUUGUGAACAUGAACCUAAGGCCUCCUAGUGAUUAUGUAGAUCCCCUUAUUUGCAAGAUUGAUUAAAUCUUUGUAUAGCAUUUCCUCUUAAACCAAGAAUGGAGGAAAAGCAUUCUAAUUUACUUUUAUCUUCAAAGCAAUUUGGAUUGAUAACAUUUUUGUUAUGAUUUUAAGUUUUAUUGAGUGAGCAUUAGAAAUAGUUUGAGAAAUUCACUAACUUAAACUGAUUGGGAUAUUCUGUUUAGAAAAGCUUUCCAAUAUGUUUAAAAAUUAAAACUUGAAACACCCAGUUCAGCUUUAGUUUAGGUUGUGCUUUUUAUGGCUGUCUUUAUUUUUGAUACAUGGAAUGCAGUUUAACUUGGUAUUAUAAAUUCUAAAUAUGUGAGAAUAUUGGCAAAAAAAACUGCACAGUUGAAAUAAUAUUCCAAUAGCAACUGUACUGCACAAUUCAGUGAUUGUAAAGUAUUCUGUAACAAGCAAUGUUUGUCUCCUAUUUUUUGAUACCUCUUACACUUAUGUCUUUUAGAAAGACAGUGCCUCUGUAUGCUUUUUUGUAUUUUUACUGAGUGAUUGUAAAUAUUUGUUAUAUUUUUGGUUAAGAGAAUGUUUCAAAGUAAUGUUUAUUAUCGAAUCUACUAAUAUGUUGAAAACAAUAAACAAUAUAUAUACAUUAA